UCUAAUGUUUGUGAGAGAAAACAAAUGACUGGAUAUUUCAAAUUAAUUCUGGAUAAAACAUACAUUUAAAAAAAGUUCAAAAUCACAUGGAUGACUGUUAGCAGUUGUUGUGAUGUAAUUGUAUAUUUCUAAUGAAUAUCUCCUCUUUGUGUUUAUACAACCGGGUUUCCCUGCUCGCAACCAUUCCCGCUAGGCACUAGUUACCACAGUCACAACGUCCUAAAGGCUAUGUCGUCCUAAUUUAAGGUUAGGGUUAGGCAUAAGGUUAGUCGUGUGGUUAAGGUUAGGUUUACAUUCAGAUGUUAGGAAGAUAAAUGGUAGAAAUGGGCGGGGUUUAGCCGUCAUUAUGACUUUGUGGCUGUGGUAACUAGUGACGACCCCCAUCAGGAGCCAUUUUGUACCCAGAUCAAUAACAUACAUGUAAACUCCGAUCUCUCGGCGCAGCGGUGGACUCGGCUCGUCUAGUAGAGCGCAAACCUGGAUUAUCUAUUAGCUAGACUACAUUUCAAUCGGAAUCCGGACCAAACGGAAAUGGUGAAUUUACUAGUGCACACGGGUUACUAAACAGUGUCUUUCUCUAACCGUCCCGCGAAGGUGUUGUUGCCGCCACCGACACGCUGUGCUUAGAUGAUGGAUCCGAGAAGCCAGUGGUUAUUGUGACUUCGGACUGAUGUCGGGACGAUAUCCGGUUUAAAUGUUCGCGACGGGAAAACAAGGAGAACGUCUUCCCUGUCUUCUAUCAAGACGAGAACAUCAUGUCUUUUUCCUGGCUGACUUGUUCGCUUCUCCUGGGAACUUCGUGUGCAGGCUGGGGCCAUGGCGACGUGGAGACCAGAGAUUGUGUGUACUACAAUGAUAACUGGCGUACAGAGCGUACCAACCAGAGUGGUGUGGAGAGGUGUGAGGGGGAGAAGGAUAAACGACUACACUGUUACUCUUCCUGGCUCAACAUCUCAGGAACCAUCAAACUGGUGAAGAAAGGCUGCUGGCUGGAUGACUUCAACUGCUAUGACAGGCAGAAGUGUGUGUCCAUGGAAGAGAACCCCCAGGUGUUCUUCUGCUGCUGUGAGGGGAACUACUGCAAUGAGAGGUUCACACACCUGCCUGACCUCGUUGCCGCCGGCAACAGAGUGAAAAUCCGCCCCCCUCCCAGAGUGCCAUCUCUGUUGAAUAGCCUCGUGUUCAGUCUGAUAUCUCUGUGUGUUCUGUCUCUGACCCUGCUACUUGCCCUGUGGAUGUACCGGCAGCACAAACCACCCUACGGACAUGUUGACCUCCUUGAGGACCCUCGGCAACCCCCCCCCUCUCCCAUGGUGGGGCUGAAGCCUCUGCAGUUACUGGAGGUGAAGGCAAGGGGGCGCUUCGGCUGUGUGUGGAAGGCUCAGCUGAUGAGUGAAUACGUGGCUGUGAAGGUCUUCCCUGUUCGGGACAAGCAGUCGUGGCAGAAUGAGAGGGAUAUCUUCCUGACUCCCGGUAUGAGACAUGAGAACCUGCUUCGUUACAUCGCUGCGGAGAAACACGGCAGCAACAUGGAGACGGAGCUCUGGCUCAUCAUGGAAUUCCAUGAGCGGGGUUCGUUGACUGACCAUCUGAAGGACCGUACAGUGACCUGGUCUGAAAUGUGUCAUAUUGCUGAGACGAUGUCCCGUGGUCUGGCCUACCUCCAUGAAGACACAGCCAUCAACAAGGGAGAAGGCCCCAAACCCACCAUCGCACACAGGGACUUCAAGAGUAAGAACGUGAUGUUGAGACGUGAUCUGACAGCCGUCAUCGGAGACUUUGGUUUGGCCGUCCGGUUUGAGCCGGGGAAACCUCCAGGAGACACCCACGGACAGGUGGGUACGUGGCGUUACAUGGCCCCUGAGGUUCUAGAAGGGGCUAUAAACUUCCAGAGAGACUCCUUCCUGAGGAUCGAUAUGUAUGCUAUGGGGCUGGUGCUUUGGGAACUGGUGUCACGAUGCAUCGCCACAGACGGUACCGUAGGGGAGUUCAUGCUGCCGUUUGAGGAGGAGAUUGGCCAACACACGUCACUACAGGAACUGCAGGAUGUGGUCGUUCACAAGAAGAUGAGACCGGUCUUCAAGGACACCUGGCUCAAACACCCGGGUCUGUCUCAGUUGUGUGAGACUAUAGAGGAGUGUUGGGACCAUGACGCCGAGGCUCGUCUCUCCGCCGGCUGUGUCGAGGAACGCAUCUCCCAGAUCGCCAGGACAACCGUCAGCACUACCUCAGACUGCCCAGUUGCCGUAGUAAUGUCGGUAACCGUCGACGACGACCUACCUCCUAAAGAGUCCGGCACCUGAGUUCUGUGUUAAUGUGACGUCAGAGCAGUGACGUCAUCACGGAACGAUGCUCCUGACUUUUCUAGCCUAAACUUUGAAACAACUUGAAUACAGCUGCUAUUUUUAUAGACUUGAUAUUGGGUAUUAUUGUUUUUAAGAUUUUUUUUUUUUAAUGUUAUUUUGGAUCAAGUCUUCUCUUCUGUCCGUCUUGUGUGAUUUUCUCAGUGAAAACUACACGACAGAAAUAAGCUAUAUGCUGGACAAAUACCUCUCUUAAGACAUGAACUUGUAUUAAUCUUCUAUUCAGUCAAUACCUCAUGUUGUGUUUAGUGGGUUUGAUUAUUACCUCAUCCUGUCGUCUGGUCAAGAUGGCGGCCAGCCAAAGAAAGCUAACCGUAUUCCAAACCUCUGACGUACACAGAGCCCGGGCGAUAGACAUACACACUGUAGAUCCGCAGGACUCAUGUCCGAUGAACCACGAGAAUGUUCCAACGUAUUUAUCUUCCUCGGGAUGAAACGUGGCUCUUUACUCAGCGUUCUGUCGUCCAUCUUUGUUUGGCGAGGAACGCCUUUUUGAAAUAACGACACAGACACCUGAACCAACCCUCCAUAGAGCCUCAUCCAUCAGUGCUAUCCUGAAUCCUUGGGACGUCCCUACUCUAAACCCAGGGCCUAAAAGUAGAGUAGUGUUUACAGUUAACUAGGGGAGGUAGAGAGGGGAGGGGGGGGGGGGCAAGAGGCCCGGACGCUACGCAGGAGUAGCAUUGGACGAACGGACUUGGAAAGGAUUAGGACAAAAUUAGACUUGUGGUUUUGGAUUGGAACUACGACAUCUCAGGAUUCCAGCCUAUUGGAACAUUUUCUACACAUGUAGAGAAGCCAAGCUAUCAGGAAACACUUUUUAUCUGACAUUACUCAAUGAAAUCUGAAAUUGAAAUGUUAUACAUUCUGGAUGUAACUUUUUUUUGUGCGUAUGUGUUUUGUACGUGUGUCUGUGUGUGAAAGUGUGUGUGAAAGUGUGUGUGCGUGUUUGUGGAAUAGACUGAGAGUAUUUUUGUAUUUUUUUGUCUGAACUGCAGUUGAAGCUGUGAAUAAGUAUUUGAAGGGCCGUGCUUGAGUUGGUUACAAGUUUCUGUUUUUCUCUCUCUGUCUGCUCAGUAGACCAGUUUCACAAAGCUAUGAUUUCCAGUCAUUUAUUUUGGAAACAAAUUGUCUGACUUGUGAGACUACUUUUCAGUUACCUCAGCAACCCCUGUCGUUCAGUUACCUCAGCAACCUGUAUGUCUUUCAGUUACCUCAGCAACCUGUAUGUCGUUCAGUUACCUCAGCAACCUGUAUGUCUUUCAGUUACCUCAGCAACCUGUAUGUCGUUCAGUUACCUCAGCAACCUGUAUGUCGUUCAGUUACCUCAGCAACCUCUAUGUCGUUCAGUUACCUCAGCAACCUCUAUGUCGUUCAGUUACCUCAGCAACCUGUAUGUCGUUCAGUUACCUCAGCAAACUCUGUCGUUCAGUUACCUCAGCAACCUCUGUCGUUCAGUUACCUCAGCAAACUCUAUGUCGUUCA